ACAGAUGGAGCUGUGUUCACCCCUGGUCAGACGGAGCAGAGCGGCCCUGACGUGCGCAGGCAGGCAGGGCUGAGUCAGGCACCAGGAACGAGGAAGUGUCCGUGCCUGACUAAAUACGGCACUGCUGGGCAACACAACAAACGGCAUCAAUGGAUUCACAAACAGCAGAGCUGAGGCUGGUUGCGCUGGGCCGGACGGGGGCAGGACAGAGUGCAGCAGCCAACACCAUCCUGGGCCUGCAAGCCUUCCAGCCCCCGCAGGGCACUGAUGCCGCUGCCGCCCGGGACAGCCAGAAGCACCGAGGAGAGGCUGCGGGCAGGAAGGUGGUAGUCAUCACCAGUCCGGACUGGUUCAGCUCAGGCUCUGUCCCAGACGAAACCAAACACCUCAUCUCCUCUUUUGUGGCUUUAUCCAGCCCUGGGCCGCACGCCUUCCUUCUGUGUGUUCCUGUCGGCCAGCCGACUGACGGAGAGGCCAAGGCGCUGGACGCACUGGAGAGGCUCUUCGGCCCCUCUGCGGUCAGCAGGCACACCAUCGUACUCUUCACCCACACGGACGAGCUGGAGGAGGGCGAGCAGCUGGGGGAACACCUCACCACGUGGCGCAGGGACCUCCUGGAACUGGUUGAGAGAUGUGGCGACCGCUACCACACCCUGGAAAGCCGGGACAGAGAGGCCGAGGAGGGGAGGCGAGCCGUGGAGGAACUGCUGGAGAAAGUGGAGCAGGCAGUGAGGGAGAGCGGGACAGAGCACUUCAGCUGUCCCCUGUACCAGGAGGCUGAGGCGAGGGUGAGGGAGAGGCAGGCAGAGAUAGUGAGACAGAGCAGAGAGCGAUCUGGAGGAGGAGAGGCGCCCAGUGAUGAUCAGGUAUGUCCCGCAGACUCACGACCAGAGGAAGACAUGGAUGAUGAAGAGCUGGAGAGGGUGAGGGAAGAGGCAGAGCGAAGCAUAACUGACUUGAAUUUGGACCUAGGUGAUAUUUUCCCCUCCCUCUCUGUCUCCCCCUCCUCCCCGGCUCCGUCUUUCCUCUGGGGCUUGUGGGAGAAGCUGACAGGCUGGGUGAAGAGGCUGCCCAAGCUUGUGAGACGGGAGGCUCUGCUGGGCGCUUUGGUGGGCCUGUUUGUGGGGGGGCCUUUUGGCAGCAUGCUGGGAGCCACUGUGGGUUCAGUGGCUACUGAGGUGGGGCGAAGGAAAACACAGAAAAAUAAAUGAAGCGGGUAAAACUGGAGAUCACACCCCCGAUCUCAUAUCAAUGUAUUAUUCAUCAAGUUGCACCUUUAAAUGAUUUCACUUCACUGUGCACACCAAUAUAUUACUGAGCUACUGGCCUGCCUGCUACCAGCUGCUGCAAUAUUCCUGUCAUAUGUAUGACUGCUGACCUCCUGUAUCUGUUUUCUACAUUCAGUGCUGCAGAGAGUUAUGUUAUGGUUUUGUGAGGAGGCAGUAGUGACAAACAGCCACAUGGUGGAGACAUUGACCCUCCUUUUGGAGAAGUUUACUGUUUGAGUUGAACUGAGAGAUACUAAUUUACUGCUUACCUAAGCAAAUAAAAGCUGCUAU